AGAAAAAGAAAUAUACAACAACCACCAUAUAUACAACCUCAAGCACCAAUACAUCCUCCAGGACAAGCGUUCGUAAUUCCACAAAUUCCACAAUAUCAGCCUCCUAAUUUUACUUCACCCUAUGCCCCACCUAUUCCCGUAACGGUGUAUCCGACUCAACCAGCCCCGAUACUCAUGGGCUCACCAGUAGACUACACCCCUCAAGAACAAUACCCACCAAUGGAACAAAUUUAUAACGAAGUUCAAUAUCCAUCACACCCAUCAUCAGUUGUAAUGGAUGAUUAUAAUUUUAAAGAAUAUGUUGAAGAACAACCAAAAUUAGUCGAGGAGCAUAUUCCUAACCAAAAUAAAGGUAAUGUUUACUGUGAAAAUUGUAAACAGAGAUUAGUAGACUGUGAUCCCGAUGGUUAUGCCAGCGAUUUCUGCAGUGAUGAAUGUCGCCGAGAGGCAUUAGCAGUCGGCCUAUCCAAUCCUCCAUGUAUCCAGUGUAAAGAAUUUCCCCGAGUAAAAAGUUCCGAAUUUUGUGGUGUGCUUAAAUGUAGAAAUCUACCAUUAUGUUUGACUUGCAAGGCUAAACGUGUUUAUCCUCGUUCUCUUUGGUGCUCGAAAUUUUGUCGAGAUAGAACACCUGAUUGGCGGCAUUUAGUUAUUGAAAGAAGUAAUCAACUUUGUUUAUAUUGUAAUAGAGAUCGUGCAAUAUCAGGACAAGAUUUUUGUAGUAGUCAAUGCGAGAGAUUUGUUUAUAGUAACGCACCUUGUAUGCUUAAACUUCCGGCAAAUAGUCAAAAAUAUAAAGACAUUGCAAAACAAUUUAAAGAUGCUUGGAAACAUCCACAUAAAUCUGUUCCUGAAAUUAGUAAAGUAUGGAAAAUAUAUUGCACAGAAGCUUUAACUUCCAGAUAUAGACUUUACCGAGAAGAAGUUGAAAAGAAUCAACAAUUGGCCGGUAAGCCUUUUCCAAAAGGUGAUGCAAAACGGUUAAUGAGUGCAGGAAAUGAACAAAGAAGAUUUCAUGGAACAAAAAUGUCAUGUCUUAUUGGCCUUAAAAAUGAUGGGCAGGUAUGCAAUGACAAGUCAUGUUCGGUCUGUUGUAUUAUAAGGGAAGGAUAUAAACUUAGGUUUGUAGGUACAGGCACAAUAUUUUCGAGAUUUGGUAGAGGAAUUUAUUUCUCUGGUACAUCAUCAAAAUCUGAUGAUUAUAAUGACGGUUCAUUAAAAGAUUUUUACGGCGUAAGUUAUAAAGUAAUGUUAUUAAAUAAAGUUGUAGUAGGAAAAGGACAUCCACUUACUGUAGAUAAUAUGACACUUACAAGUCCACCGCCCGGAUAUGAUAGUAUAUUAGGAGAGCCUAGUCAAACUGGAAAUUUAAAUUAUGAUGAAAUAGUUGUGUAUAGAGAAGAGGCAUCAAUUCCACA